UUUUCCUCAGGUGUAAUGGAUUUAUUAAAAGACUGUGUUAGGUGUCCUAAAUGAAUUACUGUUAAUGAGGAAAAAAAAUGCAGUACACAUUGCCUGGACUAAAACGUCUAAAAUUGAAGAUUACGCUGUAAAUCUGAGCAGGAUUUGGAAAAAAUGAAGCAGAAAUGUCCAUGUCAUCCAACAUAUAGCAUAUAGCAGAAUAAAAAGGUUGGUGUAAAAGCUGUUCCACCAAUUCUCCAUUAAGUCCCUAUUUGUAGCUCACAAUUCUGCAAUCAAAAUCAACCCAGUGGCCAUGACAGGCUUCUAAAGUGCCAUCUCUUUCCACUCCGAUGUGUAACUGCUGCUCCACACACAGGGCAGGGAGGCCAUCAAAAACUCACUUAUUUCUACCCUGCCACUUCAAAAAGACAUUAAUCUGCCACCAACCAAUCCAGAGCUACCGUCCUGCACGGUGGCCAAUCAGGCCCUCUGCACGCUGCGUGAUUGUCCAGCCGAGGCCCGGCAGACCAACGCCGGUCAUCAUUAUCAACAGAGUGCCACAUCUGUGCAAGGUAGCUCGUUUUCAUAUCCUGAAAGCGAGGAAGUGACUUACAGGGUAUUUAUCUGCAGGCAGCAGAACUGGGUUAAAGGUGGCAAGACGCUUGGUGUUGACUUUGGAGUUGCAGCACAAAGUAUGGAACAAAACAGGUGAAAGUUGAGGAGAAGAAAUUUCUCAAACACAUAUUGACUCAAAAAUAACUCCAGGAAGCUCUCCGUCUCGCUCUGGAGGGCAUUCCUAAAGUGGAUCAGACCAAAGCUGGCCUUUCAGGUGAGAUCCCACUGGCCUUUAAAUAUUCACCCUGGAUCCAUCAUUAUCGGACAAAGACGGAGGACACUCACUGGUUUCCAUGGAGCCCAACCUGUCUGGGUCUUUCCUCUUCAACAACGGCUUAAACCAGUUCCCGACAGACAUCAAGGCACCCAUGUGCCAAUACUCUGUGCCCAACAGUUUCUACAAACUUGGCCCUGGCAACCUGAAUGCCCAGCUGCAGGCUGGCACACCACACGGCAUCAGCGACAUCCUGAGCCGCUCUGUAAUGGGAGCCCCAGCUAACACUGCGCUGCUCUCAGGAUAUUCCAGCAUGGGGGGUUUCAGUGGCACUGUGGCCUCUCCAGGGGUGUAUUAUAAUCGGGAUUACACCCCAACAACUUUGGGUGCUUUCCCCAAACCUAGUGAGUGUCCGGGGAUGAAGGGACGCACCAGCUGCUGGGUGGAGGGAGGCUACGACUGGAGAGGAGGAAGACAACAGUGCAGCAACAUAGACAGUGGGCAUCCUGGAGAGACAGUGGGCAGAAAGAAACACACACGGCCGACGUUCAGUGGGCAUCAGAUCUUUGCCCUGGAGAAAACCUUCGAGCAGACCAAAUACCUAGCGGGACCAGAGAGAGCGAGACUGGCUUACUCGCUGGGCAUGACUGAAUCACAAGUCAAAGUGUGGUUCCAGAACCGUCGCACUAAGUGGCGUAAGAAGAGUGCAUCUGAGCCGAGCUCCACUCAGGUUUCCAGGGCCGAGAGGCAGGGCGCCUCAGACACCGAGCUCGAGGACGAAGAGUACAACAAACCUCUGGACCCCGACUCAGACGACGAAAAGAUUCGCCUGCUGCUGCGCAAACACCGCAGAUCUUUCUCAGUGCUACGCUUGGGGCCGCAUCAUGUCUGACACACACACACACACACACACACACACACUUACAUGUGUAUAUCACAAUGUUUACAUGCUGAAUACUAAAACACAUUCACACAAAUAUAUAGCUAUAACUUUUCACUUUCUCAAACUUGCUGCAUUCUAGUUUCAACCCCACAUUUCUGUACAUAAUUUCCAAAAUGCUCUUUAUUUAUUGAACUUGACACGAAAGAGAAAUUGUUCCGCACCGCUCGGGUAUGCUACCGUGCGCAAUGUCGAUGUUUAAUAAAUAUAUAAUAGUGCAAUAAAGUCUUGUUAUUGCAAGUGCUUAUUGUGUCACAAUGAGAAAGAAAUAGAGUUAAUUGGCUUUCAUUUGGCUUUCAGAAUUUUGACUGCCUGGUCAAGUUAAAUAACUAACACACCUGGCAUGCUUUUACAGGAAAUUAAUCAACAAUGGGUUGGUGUUUUAUGGUCUGAUGUCAAGAAGAGAUGUUACCUCUAAAACAGCUCUUAUACUAAAGCAAUUUGCCUGUAAAUUUUUUUUAUAGUUACCUGUACAUCUAAGCCAUGAACCUUUAGGAAUGUUAAAACAUAUAAUUGUUGGUAUGAUUAAGGAUGUUUUUUUUCGAACAUUUUCGAACUGUGCUGUUCUUUUUUUGUCAUAUUAUAUCAAAGAUAAUUCUUUACAUUAUUUUGCACUUGUCUUGCUACUCCAUGGUUGGGGGUUCACUUCCUGCCUCCAUCCUGUGUGUUCUCCUAGUGCUUUGGGAGUUUCAUCCCCCACUCUAAAGGUAUGCUUUGUAGGCUGAUUGUCAUAUCCAAAUUGUCCGAAUGAAUGUGUGUGAUGGGUUGGAACCCUACUCCGGGUGUCCCCUGCUUUGUACCCCAAGUCCCCUGGGAUAGACUAGGCUCCCUGCACCCCUGUGUAGGAUAAGUGCUAUAGAAAACACAUGGUUUUAUCAUCUGAGGUACUGUAGAACACUACAACACUGGACACUACACCAUGGUCAAUUUAGACAAUGAUCACAAUGAAAUCAAUCAGUCUAGGUUUCUUGCUUAGCUAAAAGAUCUUCUCAAGCUUCUUCUCGAGUUCUUACCUCAUUUCAGACUCCUACUGUAGGUAUUACAAAUUCAUUUUAAAUAACAAUGAAUCUACCGUUUCUAAUCGAAUCAACGUUGACUCAUAUUAAUUAGCCUCAGGUUAGUGUUACAUGGCAUUUUCUUAAUAUGUUCUUAAAUUAGACGUGCUAUAUUUGAAUUAUUAAGGGAACAAUGAAGGUUUGUCACACGGUCGUAUUGCACCAGUGUCGGGAAGGAUGUCAGUAUGACGAUAAACAAAACGCUGUAUCUGUAAGUUGUGCAGUAACACCCACUUACUGAUAAGGCAACAUAAAGCUAUCUGUGUGCUUUUCAUCAACACCUGCUGCACUAAUGCGGCGAGUAAACACAUUAUUCACAGCCGAACGUUAGACAACACGAGUGCGUCUGAACAUUCACAGGUGCAAAUUAUUAGCAACGAUGAUGUUUAUGUCAUUGUUUGUAAUUCGCGAAGUGAAUUUGUCACUGCGAUCCCAUGACAACUGAAAGACACAGACCGAACGUCGUAAGUUAAGCAGCUGAUUUUUGACAUAGUUUGCUGUGUUUUGUUGACGCUCUUGAUAAGAAAUUAGGAACUGAAGUCAGAUAUGCUGACAAAAAACUGAUAGGCAAUGUAAGAAAAGGUUACGACUGCAAAAUUAGCCUUGUGUGUAUACAUUAAAAUUAAGACAGGACAAAAUUUAAAGAAGAUUUUACUAUCCAGUUUCAGUGAGCCUCAGACACAAGAUUGAAUCCAGAUUAGGUCUUUGCUGUUGUUAGUUUAAAACCUUGUAAAUUCUGAGAUGCUUUUCAGCUCAGCACGGUUGUAAAGAGCUAUUAUUUGCUGCAGCCUUCCUGUUAAUAUUGAAGCAUUCUGAAGUUUGUUGACUUUUCUGAUUGUGACUGAAAAUCCCGAAAUUGUCUUGAGUCAUUUUCUAACUACUCAAACCACUAUCACUAUGUCGCCUGUGGUCAACAAAAUCACAUUUAUUUCCCUUUUCUGAUGUGUGAUUUAAAUAUUAUGUGUGCUUAACUUUUUUUUUUUUUUUAUUAUUUUAUACAUCAUGUUCCUGUCUCAUGAUUGGCUAAUAAGAUAAUUACCUGAAUUAGCAGGUGUACAGUUGUAGUCAAUGAGUGUAUUUUUUAAGUAAUCACAUAUUUGUUAUGUUUUAAUCCAUUCCC